UGCUACUCCCAUCAUUAACUCAUCAUCCACCCCUCUUCCUAGUAAACUACACUUUGCCCAACAGGACUCCCUCUCUCUCUCUCUCCUACAGUAGACUACAGUACAGUACAUAUUUCACCAUGCCCUAUUACGUUUUUACCCCUCUCGUUCUCUCUCUCCCGCUCACUAGAAAAAGAGAGUAUCCAUCCAUCUAGCUCAGCUCAAUCCUUCACAGCUUGCACAAAGAAAGAAAACGGAGGGAGAGGAGAAAGAGGGGCCUCUUUAUCAGCAACAAGUGUAACAAGACAGGCAGAGAGAGCCAGGCCCUCAAGCUCCUUGGCCACAGAGAGAUACAGAGAGAGAUCAAUGGAGUUCUUCCCUUCCCAGCCGGAUCUCUCCCUCCAGAUCGGCCUCCCCACAAGUGCAACACCCCAUGACCACCACCACCACCACGCUGCGGCCCUGAACGCGAGGUUCUUUGCGGCCGCCGGUGGCAGCGGCACUGGAGUUGGCGGCCCGGCCAUGACACCGUCGCUGCAGCUGCCAAUGCCCGUGCCGUUGCCGCUACCUCUGCCGGUUCCCAUGGUCACCAACGCCGGCGCGGGCCACGGCGGCCUGUACUACCACCCCCACCACCCCGACGCCGGCGCCGUGCUGCGGCCUAUACGGGGCGUGCCGCUGUACCAGCACCCGCACCACGGCGCGGCGGUGGCGGGGCCGUGCUUCUGCGAGCCUUGCCACGUCGCCGGCGCCUGGCGCCGGGCGGGGUGCGGAGCCGGGGCGCGCGUCGGCGGGUUCCCCACGGCGAAGCGCGCCGCGCGAGCGCCCCGCAUGCGGUGGACGUCCACGCUCCACUCGCGCUUCGUGCACGCCGUCGAGCUCCUCGGCGGCCACGACAGGGCAACGCCAAAGUCAGUUCUUGAACUGAUGGAUGUGAAGGAUCUCACCCUGGCUCAUGUCAAGUCUCACUUGCAGAUGUACAGGACUGUGAAGAACACCGAAAGGCCGGCAGCUUCGUCAGUGGGUACUGCAGAUCAAGCUGAUGGGUUCGAGAACGGAUCGGCCGGCGAGAUCUGCGACGACAACUCGCUCGAUCUGCACGGCUACGGCGGCAGGCCGGAGGCGGCGGCUCGGCAUGGAAGGUUAGCUGCUUGUAACGAUCAUGGGAGCAGCACUGGUGCUCUUGGUGCCCUCUGGAGUAGCUCCUCAAGAGAGGAUUGGACUGGCUUCUUAAGUGAGUCCAACAACGGAAGCAUGCAAUCUCUCAAGGAUCAGAUGCAGUCCAAGAGCCUGGAGAUCCUCUCAGACAUGAACUCCUGCGUGUCGCAGACGACGUCGAGCACCAGCGAGCUGAACCUCGAGUUCACUCUCGGGCGACCGCAGAACCGGCCAAACUAGAGAUCGGCCUACGCAUCAAGCGUUAAUCGAUCAUCCAUGCGCAACGAUCAUCGUCGCCGACAAGAAUUAGGGGCACUUUGCAUGUUACAAUGGUCCUAAAGAGGCAUCAUCUUUCACUGUUAAAAGGAGCUAGGGCAGGCAGAAAAAAGGAGAAAAAGUAGCUAGGUAGUGGCACUGGUAGAUCGAGGUGAUCGAUCGAAAGCAUUGCAUGUAAUGGAGGUGCUGUUAGUGUUUAGGACAGUUUAAAGGGCUUUUUGCACCAACAAUGAGCUAGGGGCCAGAAGAAAGGAAAAGGGGUGACCUGUGUUCUUGCUUUCGCCUGCAUCCAUCACAUGUCAAUGAGCUCUAUUUGUUAGCUUAUAGCUUUAGUUCGUGACCUUCUCGUAUAUAGUAGCACUAGGGGAGAGAGAAGAAAAGGAUAGAGUUGAUCGAAAUUUACGCAGAACGUGUUUGGUCACGGUAUUGAGAUGAGGUGA